CUCCCACCACCGUCUUCAUCCCUCCUCCAGAUUCCAUCUCUCUCUCUCUCUCUCUCUCUCUCUAUCUCUCUUGAUUCGAGAGCAUAAAGGUUGGAUUUUUCCGUGCUCCUCCCGUGUUCGGCUGCGCUUCGAAGCUCUCGAUUCUUCGGGGGUCUCCUCCCAGACGGGGUGGGCCGAUCUUUCGGGUCCCGCGAAGGUCGGGUCCAUGGAUCCGGCCGCCGCCGCCUCCUCCUCCUCCUCCUCCUCCCGGUCGAUCCGAUUAGGGUUCUCUGCCGGCUCCGACGAGUGAGCCGGCGCUCCCGGCUCCGGCGACGGGUUUAGGGUUUUCUUUUGGGUUCUCUUUCUUGUUUUUGGGGGGCUCUUUUUGAGUUGAUGGAGGAUCGGAACGUGAGGGGGAUGAGCAGCCCGGGCCUGUCCGACGUCGUGCUGACCUGCGUCAUGCCGUACGUCGACGACCCCAAGGACCGGGACGCGAUCUCCCUCGUCUGCCGCCGCUGGUACGAGAUUGACGCCCUGACGAGGAAGCACGUCACCAUCGCCCUGUGCUACACCACCAGCCCCGAUCGGCUGCGCAGGAGGUUCAGGCACCUCGAGUCGCUCAAGCUGAAGGGGAAGCCCCGGGCCGCCAUGUUCAAUCUGAUACCCGAGGACUGGGGCGGCUACGUGACCCCGUGGGUGACCGAGAUCGCGCAGUCCUUCGAUUGCUUGAAGUCGCUCCACUUCCGGCGCAUGAUUGUGACAGAUUCGGACUUGGCGCUGCUCGCGAGGUCGCGGGGACGCGUUCUGCAAGUGCUCAAGCUCGACAAGUGCUCUGGGUUUUCGACGGACGGGCUUCGACACGUGGGGCGUUUGUGCAGGAAUUUAAGAACCUUGUUUUUGGAAGAAAGCACAAUCGAUGAGAAAGAUGGUGCGUGGCUUCAUGAGCUUGCUCUGAACAACAGUGUCCUUGAGACUUUAAAUUUUUACAUGACAGAGCUCUCCAGCUUUAGUGUCCAGGACCUUCAAAUUAUUGCCAGAAAUUGUCGAUCAUUAACAUCCGUGAAAAUUAGCGAUUGCGAAAUUCUGGAUCUUUUGGGUUUCUUUCAAGAUGCAGCUGCUUUAGAAGAAUUUGGUGGUGGUCUUUUUAAUAAUGAGGAACCAGAAAGGUACGCUGCUUUAUCGUUCCCAGCGAGACUAUGCCGUGUGGGUCUAACCUACAUUUCAGAAAAUGAGAUGCAUAUCGUGUUCCCAUUCGCAUCUCGGCUAAGAAUGUUAGAUCUUCUCUAUGCAUUUCUUAGCACAGAUGACCUCUGCUUGCUGAUUCAGCAAUGCCCCAUCUUGGAAGUUCUUGAGACAAGGAACGUCAUUGGAGACGGAGGACUAGAGGUUCUUGCUCGAAGUUGUAAAAGGUUGAAGAGGCUUAGGAUUGAAAGAGGUGCUGAUGAGCAGGGUAUGGGGGAUGAAGGAGGCCUUGUUUCGCAAAGAGGAUUAAUUGCCUUGGCUCAGGGCUGCCUAGAACUGGAAUACCUGGCUGUUUAUGUAUCUGAUAUCACAAACUCAUCUCUCGAAUGUAUAGGAGCUCAUUCGAAGAACCUUAGUGAUUUCCGUCUUGUUCUACUUGAUCGUGAGGAAAAGAUAACUGAUUUACCCCUGGACAAUGGAGUCCGGGCUCUUUUAAGGGGAUGUGAAAAGAUAAGAAGGUUUGCUCUUUAUCUGCGGCCUGGAGGCUUGACGGAUGUGGGUCUUGGUUACAUUGGGCAGUAUAGCCAAAACAUAAGAUGGAUGCUUCUUGGAUAUGUGGGAGAGAGUGAUGAGGGCCUUAGGGAGUUCUCCAGAGGCUGCCCGAGUUUGCAAAAACUUGAAAUGCGGGGUUGUUGCUUUAGCGAACAGGCACUGGCUGAUGCUGUGAUGCGGUUGACUUCUCUGAGGUAUGUAUGGGUGCAGGGGUAUCGAGUAUCUGAAACCGGUCGAGAUAUUCUGGCAAUGGUCCGUCCCUUUUGGAACAUCGAGUUGAUUCCUCCUAGAAGAAUGGUUGUCGCCAAUCAGCUUGGAGAAAACGUGCUAAAUGAAGACCCAGCCCAUAUGCUUGCAUAUUACUCUCUAUCUGGACCAAGAACUGAUUGUCCUGCCAGCGUUAUCCCUUUGGAUCCAGCAAGGCUGGUUACCUCGUAGAGCUGUAAAUACAACCUUUUGCCGAAGAUGCCUUUUAUCUUUUUAAUUGCUCUAGACCAUCUGUCAUACGGUUCUGUACUUUAUCACUCCCUGAGAAAUUUCUCCUCUCGUCUUCUGUUUGUUGGAAUCCCUUCUUUUCUCUUUUAUUUUGUCGCAAUAAGAUUGUGUUCUCUGUAACCUUGUAAGAGUUUUGCAUCUAAUUCCAUCCCUUGUACAGGGCAACUAGUUGACGGUUUUCCUUCAACACUGUUGUGACUUAUUUUGAACGGUUUUGCUAGUCGAAUUUGAACUAUUUUGAGGUGA